CAGUAUUUAUCUUUCUUCAUAGCAUCAACAAUUAUAAAUUGUUUACAGUAAAUUAAAACUUUUUGUUCGAUAUAAAUUAAUUACUAUUUUAUAUUAUUUUAUAUAUUGGCAAGAAUUCCUCGUUGAUAAAACGAAAAAGAAAAGUAAAGAAAUUAAGAAUAUACAAAGCGCUCGUUAAUGAGUUUGUUGGGAAACUGUUAAAUGAUAUGAAUGUAUUAAAACUCCCGCGUCGUGACGAUAGAUGAAGAUGGAAGAAAAUAACAGUGACAGUGCUACGAGUUCCAGCCAAAAUGACAGUGAAGAAUUUCUGAAGAAUCGAACAUUUCAGAAAGAUACUAUCCAGGCAAUUGAUCGUAAAUCAAUUCAUCACAUAUGCUCUGGUCAGGUCAUUGUUAAUCUAGCAACAGGCGUUAAAGAACUUGUUGAGAACAGUAUAGAUGCUGGAGCCACAACUGUCGAAAUUAAAUUAAAAGAAUAUGGUUCUGAGUUGAUUGAAGUUAUUGAUAAUGGUUGUGGCGUCGCAGAAGAAAAUUUUGAAGGUUUAACUUUGAAACAUUAUACCUCCAAACUGAAGGAUAUUUCUGACCUCACCUUAGUAGAAACAUUUGGGUUUCGUGGAGAAGCAUUGAGUUCAUUGUGUGCCCUCAGUAAACUAACAGUUAUCACCAGACAUAUAAAUGCUUCAGUUGGUACAAAACUCCAAUUUGAUCAUCAUGGAAAGAUUAAUUCACGCACACCUUGUGCAAGACAACCAGGAUGCACUGUCAUAUUGGAGAAUUUGUUUUCAACACUACCUGUUAGGCAUAAAGAAUUUUUAAGGAACUUGAAAAAAGAAUUCUUUAAAAUGGUUCAAAUUUUGAAUUCCUACUGCCUUAUUAACGUCGGUGUGAGGAUUUCAUGUUAUAACCAGGUUGGAAAAGGAUCAAGAUCAUUAAUUGUAUCAUCAAUUGGAAAGUGUUCAGUUAAAGAAAAUAUCGCUAAUAUUUUUGGAACAAAGCAACUUCAAACAAUUUCAGAAAUUAUUCAUACUAAACCCUCAGAAGAUGUAUGUGCUGACUUUGGAAUAAAACUGAAUGAAGAAGUGUGUGAUCUUUUCAGCAUUGAUGGUUACAUUUCAAAAUGUGAACAUGGCUGUGGAAGAAGUAGCACUGAUCGGCAAUUUUAUUUUGUCAAUAAACGCCCCUGUGAUUCUGUAAAGAUUACUAAGAUUGUCAAUGAUGUUUAUCACAUGUACAACCGUCACCAGUACCCAUUUGUGGUUCUUCAGCUGAACAUUACCAAAGGAAGUGUUGAUGUCAACGUUACACCUGAUAAACGGAAAGUAUUCUUUGAGAAUGAGAAGUUACUUCAUGCUAUCAUAAAGGCUUCACUGUUGGCACUUUAUGAACCAAUGUCUGCUAUUUGUACAAGUAUUUCUAUGAAAGGUCAAUUAAAUUUUGAUGCAAAACAUGAGAGAGUAUUUAAUGAAAGUUGUGAAAAAGAAUUGUCAAGUCCUAAGCAGACACCGAGUAAAUUACUUAGCAACUUGAGCAGGUCAAUGUCUUCCCCUUCAUCUGGUUCAAACCAUCAAUCUCAUGAAAAUACACCAUCAAGCCUUAUGAAAUUUUACAAUGAAAAACAAAAAUUAUCAAGCUCUUCACCAACUUUAAAGAAAGCUCAAUCAUUAAACAGUCUUUCAAGAUGGUUGAAAAGAAAGCCACAAGAUGACACUGAAAAUGUGGAAUCUGACAGAAGUUCUCCAAAGAAACUUGCGUAUAGUGAACCAUUUCUGGAUUCUUCUUUUACUUUCAAAGACCUUUCUCAAGGCGAAAAUUGUAAACAGGUACAAGAUGAAGACACAGCCUCAUUCCAUUCAUCUAAUGAAACUCAGCCUGUUUCAGAUUCAGGACUAUCUCUCAGUCAACCUGAAUCUUCACAAAGCCAAACAGAAUCUUAUUCCUCUCUAUCAGUUUAUUACCAUAGUUGUGACACGGUCUCUCCAUCCGAAGAACAUACAGCCAGUGUUAAAAGUGAAGAAUCACAAUCACAAACUUCUGAGUUACAAGAACAGGAGACAGAAAGAGAAAUGGUGAAAAAGAGUGAAGUGAUUGCAAAAUAUGAUGAAGAGUCAGAGAUAUUUAGAAAAGAAACAACUGUGCCAUUUUCUAUGGAUUUCCUCCGUCAGAAACUAAAAUUACGUAGAGAACACAAAGACAAUGCUUCCAAAGAUCUUUGUCGCAACUUUCGAGCAAAAAUUUCUCCAAAUGAAAACAAAUCAGCUGAGGAAGAACUUGCUAAACAAAUUGACAAAAGUAUGUUUAAAAGUAUGGAAAUCUUGGGACAGUUCAAUCUUGGCUUUAUCAUCACACGAUUAAAUGAUGACUUAUUCAUUGUGGAUCAACAUGCUACUGAUGAAAAGUAUAAUUUUGAGAAAUUGCGGAAAAACACAGUUAUGCAAGGCCAGAAAUUGAUUCGUCCUCAGUCUUUGGAAUUAACUGCAAGCAAUGAAAUUAUUCUUCUCAAUAGUAUUGAGAUUUUCAACCGAAAUGGCUUCAGUUUUAUAAUUGAUGAAUCUGCUCUACCAGGUCAGCGAGUAAAACUGGAAACAGCACCUGUGAGUAAAAACUGGAAUUUUGGCAAAGAAGAUAUUGAAGAACUUAUUUUCAUGCUGACAGAUUCUCCGGGUGUCAUGUGCCGUCCAUCCCGUAUAUGUCAGAUGUUUGCUUCUCGUGCUUGUCGCAAAUCAAUAAUGAUUGGAACUGCUCUCAAAAAAAGAGAAAUGAAAACGCUCAUCUGUCACAUGUCAGAACUUGACCAACCAUGGAAUUGCCCUCAUGGUCGUCCGACUAUGCGCCAUUUGAUCAACUUAAGCAUGAUUCCAACUUCCAUUUGAUGAAAUUCUGAAACAUUUUGUAAUAAAAUUCAUAAUGCUGUAAAACCAAAUAAUAAUAGUUUGGGAAAAUUUGCACCAAAAUGUGUGUAUUUAUAUGUAUAAAAUGUGUAUGUGUAUAUAA